AUGCCUAGAAGUAAGAAGAAGACCUCCUACCGGCAAUUGAUCCUUGAUAACUCGGAGGACAUGGAGUAUACCGACUAUGAGGGAGAGGAGGUCAUGUCCACCCUUGCCUCUAAGGAGGCCAGAAUUUCCGCCGGAAAAGAGAAAGUCGCGGCUAAGAGGGGUAAAGAAAAUGUCGAAACCGUCCUUGGGCUUGCCGCGGCCAAAGCCCGUGUCGUGAGCAACAGCACUUGUAAAACUACUAUAACCCGCGACGCAUCAGAUCGUCCUACCCCUCGCCUUCUUAGGACAACCCUCUGCAAGCGCGCAUUGUCUCUUAACAACUCUCAAUUUCAUCAAUUAUCCCUCCAUACACACACACAGAGCGGUCCACUCCCUGAUAGUUUCACACAUUUCGCUUACAUAGAUACAGCUGCCUGUAUCCACACGUUACUACCGACAAAUUCGAAUUGGGAAAAAAUGUCGAGCGACGGCGACGAUUUGGACGAGGACGAGCUGCUGCAGAUGGCACUGAAAGAGCAGCCGCAGCGCGAUCUCAAUUACAAGAAGCUCUCGCAGGCCACGCAGAAGCCCGCCCGCAAUUAUGUCCAGCCUCCGCCGACCCGCGGGCCAGCAGCGAGGAACCCCGACGCGGCGGGGAUUCCGCAGCAGAAGAAGGGGGUAAGCAUGCAGACAAAGCUGUCAUUGGACGAGAACGAGGAUUCGGAGGUGGAGCUGUUGAGCAUUUCGUCUGGGGAUGAGGAUGAUCGAGGCGGUGUGGUCCCCAGGAACCGUGUCGGCAGCGGGAGGGAGGAUGACAAGUGGAAUGGGGAGGAGCCCACCUUCUGGAAGCACGUUGAUGAAGCUGAGCUAGAAAAUAAUGUGCGGCUUCUGCUGGAGCUUGAACCUGAGUCUGAUCCCAUAAAGCAUUACUUCAAUAUACAGAACCGUAAAAUAAGAGGUUUGCUUGAGAAAUGCAGUUUAGACUAUGAAGCACGAGUUGAGAAUUUGCAGAUGAGCUUCGUGAAAAAGCAUUGUCUGAUGCAAAAUGGAGGCAAAUCCAGCUACUCAGAUGUGGAUUACUCUCUCAGUGACGUAAGCUCCCAUCUACCUGGGGAUUUACUCCCGGCAGAAAUAUUUCGUGAAGAACUCGAUGCUCUUUGGGGUGGAUAUAUUGCACAGUUAACUGGUGUACUUGUCCAUAGUGUACCAGUCUUUUGGAAAGUAGCACUUUCAGUUUCCAGUGGAAAAUUUGCCAAGUCUUCUCAAGUAUCUGCUGAGCCAACUGCAAAUAGUUCCUUCAACAAAGCAGAGGACAGAGUGGGAGAUUUUGAUGAAGUUUCUGGCAUGAUACGCAAUACCCUAUCAACAUAUGAGGCUAAGGUCCUCGGCACAUUUCGUGAUCUUGAAGAAUCUAAUAUUCUCAGUCCAUACAUGAAUGAUGCUAUAAGGGAAAUCUCCAUAGCAAGUCAAGCUUUUGAAGCAAAAGAAUCAGCUCCUCCAGUUGCUGUCUCUGCUCUGAGGUCACUUGAAUUUGAGAUCUCAAAAAUCUAUAUAGCCAGGCUUUGUUCAUGGAUGCGGACUUCAAUAGAAGAGAUAUCAAAAGAUGAAACUUGGGUUCCUGUGUCGGUUUUAGAAAGAAACAAGUCCCCAUAUUCUAUCUCGUCGCUGCCUCUGGCAUUUUUUGCAAUAAUGAUCUCAGCAAUGGAUCAAAUCAACACGAUGCUUCAGUCUUUGCAAAGUGAAUCAGCAAAAUCUGAAGAUGUUUCUGCACAACUUCAUGAAAUGCAAGAAUCAGUUAGGAUUUCGUUUUUGAACUGUUAUCUGGAUUUUGCUGGUCACUUGGAGCACAUUGGAUCUGAGUUGAUAGAGAAUAGAUCAAUCUUUGGAAGUCCACGUUUGCAAAAUGGAUAUGCUCAUGAACCAAUUGAGAAACCAGUAUAUCCUCCUCCUGGGAGUAUUGUAGGUCAUCACCAGCAGCUGCUAAUGGUUCUGAGUAAUAUUGGAUAUUGUAAAGACGAACUUGCUUAUGAACUGUAUGGGAAGUACAAAUAUGUAUGGCAGUCAAGAGGAAAAGUUGAGGAUGAUGGUGACAUUCAAGAGCUGGUCAUAUCUUUCUCAGUUCUUGAAGAGAAAGUAAUUUCACGAUACACUGUUGCCAAGGCUGCUGUAAGUUACUUGUUGGAUGCCGGAGUGCAAUGGGGAGCAACGCCUGCUGUUAAAGGGGUUAGAGAUGCAGCUGUUGACUUACUUCAUCCCUUGGUAGCUGUACACGCUGAGGUUAUUGCUGGAUGUAAGCCUCUGCUUGACAAAAUUCUUGGUAUUCUUAUUCAAGGCUUGAUCGACAUACUACUCGGCCUCUUUAACGAAACCAAAGACAAAGAUCUCAGGGCAUUGGAUGCCAAUGGCUUAUCCCAGCUAAUGCUUGAGCUCGAAUAUUUUGAGACCAUAUUGAAUCCUUACUUCACUCAUGAUGCGAGGGAGUCUCUCAAAUUACUGCAAGGGGUCCUAUUGGAUAAGUCCAUUGAAACCGUGACGGAGACCAUAGAGACUCCAAGUCAUCAGCGCCGGCCCACACGUGGAAGUGACGACGUGCUUGAGGACAGGCUAUCGACUGCAUCACCAGAUGACCUGAUUGCUCUUGCCCAGCAGUACAGUUCAGAGCUACCUCAGGCUGAGCUGGAGAGGACGAGGAUCAAUACAGCGUGUUUUGUGGAGACAUUACCGCUUGACUCGAUUCCAGAGUCAGCAAAAGCAGGCCUCUUUUCGAGUGGAUUCCCCAAGUAG